AUGUCAGAAGGCAAUGGUCGUGGAAGAGCUGACAUUGAUAGUGGCAACCAGAGUGUUUCAGUGGUCCAUGUGAACAUCCCUAAUUCAGCCAUACAGGUUCAACCUGUCAUUCAGGCUAAUCACCCAUCUGUAAUACAAAACGCUGGCAAUUUUCAGACAAUACAGAUAGUCAGGGUUGCAACAGUUGAUGACGAUUUAUCAUCUGAUGACUCUGAAGCAAAUAAAAGAAGGGAGAUUCUAGCAAGACGACCAUCGUACAGAAAAAUUUUGAAUGAUCUCUCAUCUCCUGGGUCAAAAAUGGAUGACGAUUCAAACAGCAGUCAGAGCCAAGAUGGCCAGGAUUCCUAUGUGCAGGCUAACACACUGCAACUGACAGCACACAGUGAUGCUUCACAAGCCACACAGGGUCUUCAGACACUAACAAUGACCAAUGCGAGUCCUACAUCUGCUUCUAAUUCUACAGGUGGGACUACUAUUGUACAGUACGCCCAAGGUCCAGAUGGUCAGUUUUAUAUUCCAGUUGGAGGAACGAAUGUUCAAGCAUAUCAGAUUGCAGCACCUGGAUCUUUAACUCAAGGAGUUGUCAUGGCGUCUGGUAGCCCCAUUUCAAGUCCGCAGCACAUAUCAGAAGAAGGUUCUAGGAAAAGGGAAUUACGUUUGUUAAAAAAUAGAGAGGCAGCCAGGGAAUGUAGAAGGAAGAAAAAGGAAUAUGUUAAAUGUUUGGAAAAUAGAGUAGCAGUUUUGGAAAACCAGAACAAGACAUUAAUUGAGGAACUGAAAGCUUUAAAAGAACUCUACUGUCAGAAAGAUGCAUGA